AUGGAGGAAGCAGACCUGCAGCUCUGCCUAGACAUUGAACAUCAUGCUGCUGGAUCUAGUCAAUCGGAAGCUCCCAUGGCGCCAACUGCUUCUUCAAACGAGCGUGAAGAACCGCAGACGACAAACAAAGAGCCUUGUCGUGACAAUGCCGAGGGAACAGGCCAACGCCGUACACUGAUGAUCGAAGAGACUGCAGAUGUUGAUGACGGUUUCCAACUGAUGCCGCCCCCACCAAAGAGGGUCAAGUCUGAAGCCCAAGUUGAUCUAGACUGCCCAACGUCUGAUGAGGUGGCUCGUGAAAAUGCUGAACGGUUCCUGGAACAGCUGCCAAUGCCAGCUCCAUUGCCCUCUUCAUCGCCGCCGAGCCCCAUUGCUACUCCACCGGCAAGGGCGAGGCCCCCGUCAAGUGGUUCUUGGGGUGUCGAAAUUUCUACUUCUCUGCUUGAAGACCAUCACGGAUGGCAACCGCCGAGAGUUGGUCGAAGACGUCGCAAUCGAAUUGCCCAAUUUAAGAUCUACGAAGAUCCCAAGCCGGGGAAUCCAAACUCAGAACCGGCAGGACUGGGCACCACCCGGCACUCGUCGUCUUCCUCCAGCGACGACGAGAAAGAGAACAUGGUUGAAAGAGACGCUAACGAAGAGGGAGAGGAACAGACCACACGCGAUAACACUACUCGUCCCGCUGCAGAGACCAGGGUUCGUACCAGCCCCCGUUCAUCUAGCGAGUCGCCCUUGGCGUUCGAUCCCCGAAGCGCUUUUCCGUUAAGAGAGCUGCGAGUUCCCGGGCCGUUGGACUUUGGUAGCCCUAACCAACAUCGUGAUUCUCAGCAGCAGAGUCCUCGCAAUCAUCUUCUUCAUCGCGACGAUGACGACCGGGAAGUCCUUGAACGAGAUGGCAGUGAAGAACAGCAGCAGGGACAAGAACAGCCCAAUCGCGUGUUCUCUGCUCGUCAACGUGCUCCCGACCUUGGGCAUAAUAAUGGAGGAGAGCUUGCAGUCGCAGGCCCGCAGCCUCAUGCGAAUAACUCAUCAUCCCCUCCGCCGUUCCAAUCUGCUGGGGGAGGAGGACUUGUUCGCCCGGCCGUGUCACUUCCACUGGACAAUGCAGGUGGGAGAGUUGGUGAAAGCGACAACAAUAAUGACAACGAUACUGGUUCUGGCACUGACACCGGUGUCGACACUCCAACUCAUAGUAUCCGCAUAUACGGUCGCAACGCCAACAAUGGUACUCGGGGUGGUCGGCGUCGCGGCCACAGUGGCCACGGCUAUCGAGGUACCUAUCGCAGUGACAGCCACGAUGACAAUGACCAUGGCGGCAGCAAUCGCGAUAACUAUCCAUAUCGUGGAAGAAAUCGUGGCUAUCGCAGUCGCUACACAUACGGUCGCGGAGUCCCUAUGCAGAGUCACCCGCGCUGA